GCUCCCUUCCCCUUCCCGAUCAACACACACCCCUCACCAUGGCGGACACGGAUCUCACAUCGACGAUCCUCGGGUACACAGACAGGCACCUGGGCCUGGCCCUGCUGUCGCAUUUGGCCGACCUGGAAAUUUUCAACAAGGACGAUAUCGCAAAGGCCACCUAUGACCUCGUCCGUGGCACUUCGAUGUUCGAAUAUGCCAUCUCACUCUAUGAGCAGGCUUUCCCCGGCCAAGACCCACCGAAGGAGCUCGUCAAGCAGGCGGAGGAUGUGCAGUCGAUUCAGGAGCGUCUUACUGCCGAAGCCGACAGGGUUCUUAAUGUCAUCGAGGACCCGACGCUGGUGGACUCGCUCAAGCAGGACAAGGCUCAGAACUUGGCAUACCUCGAGGACAAGUACCAGCUCACCGUCGACCAAAUCAAUGCCCUCUACCGGUUGGGCUACUUUCAUUACUCGAUCGGCAACUACAGUGACGCCUCGUCGUACCUCUACCACUUUCGAGUCCUCUCGAUCGAUCCAGAGUUGACGACGUCUUCGCACUGGGGCAAGAUGGCCGCUGACAUACUCUCGGGAGAUUGGGACCGAGCGCUCGAGGAGGUGAAGCUGCUUCGCGAGCAGAUCGACAGCUCGCGACCCGACGAGGGAGGUCACGAGGCCGUGCUGCAGAAGCGCACCUGGCUUCUGCACUGGUCCCUCUUCAUCUGGUUCAACCACCCGGCUGGGCGGGAGGGCCUGGUGGAGAUGUACCUUUCGCCUCCUUACCUCAACACGAUCCAAACGACGUGCUGGUGGCUUCUUCGAUACCUCGUCGCCGCCCUCGUCCUGACGCGACGGUCGACGCGUACCUACAUCAUUUCUCAACCUGUCUCGUCUCUCAACCCAGGUUCUUCGCCUACCGUGAAGCUGUCGCCUGCCGCGGCGCUCCGAGACGUGACGCGUGCGCUGUCGCUCGAGGCGCAUCGCACAGAAAAGGAUCCCAUUCUCAACUUUGUUCGCCAGCUCUGCACCGAGUUUGACUUUGAAAAGUCCCAAGAGGAGCUCAGAAAAGCACAGGACGUGGCCAGCAAGGACUUUUUCCUCGCGGACCAUGCAGACGCUUUUGUCGAGUCGGCCCGUUUCCUCGUCAGCGAGGCUUACUGCCGGAUUCACCAGCGCGUCGACAUUGGCGACCUGUCCAAGCGGCUCAACAUGACAAAGGAGGAGGGCGAGAAGUGGAUUGUCAACCUCGUCCGUGAUACGAGGGGCGAUGCCAAGAUCGACUUCAAGGAGGGCAUGGUCUACAUGAACCAGACGACGCCCGCCGUGUACCAAUCAGUGAUUGAGAAGACGCGCGGAUUCACCUUCCGGACGGCAGCCAUGGGCCAGGCCAUGGACCGCAAGGCCCACCCCAUCACGGCCAACCACAACGAGUCAAGAGGCGGCGGCAGCGGUGGUGGCCGGGGCGGCCGGGGCGGCGGACGCGGAGGUGGACAGCGAGGUGGUGGCGACCGGGGAGCAAGCAAGGACAAUCAGAACCAGAAUCAAACCCAACAACCAAACGGCGUCGUGCCCACUCCUGCGCAAGAACCAACUGCUGCAUAAAUUCACAUUUUCCUCUUGUGUCGCUCUUAUCCUCCCUUUCCCUCCCUCUCUGUAACUUUAGCCACUCCUUCCAUCCUCUCUUUUUCCUCAUCCGCUCCGCUUCUUUCUCUGAUGAGGAGCAGUCACAUCCAAAACCGAAAAGCCACGGCGCAAUAUCACACUUUGAGACAAAUUUCGAUGCUUGUGG